AUGUCAAACGCGGAGGGUGAUUUAAGGGAUGGGCUUUCCGCUAAAGAAAUCUUCGCUAACAGCGAAGGACUUACCUAUAAUGAUUUUCUUCUCCUUCCUGGAUUCAUUGACUUUACAGCUGAGGAAGUUGACUUGAUGUCUCCGCUUACAAAGAAGAUAAAUCUCAAAGCACCUUUGGUUUCAACUCCGAUGGAUACCGUUACCGAAGCCGACAUGGCUAUAGCCAUGGCUCUAUGCGGAGGUAUUGGUAUCAUACACCACAACUGUACUCCGGAGUACCAAGCUAAUGAAGUCCAUAAAGUCAAGAAGUACAAACAUGGUUUCAUACGAGACCCAGUGUGUAUGGGUCCAGAAAAUACCGUCGCUGAUGUCUUGGAAUCUAAGAAGAAGAAUGGUUUCACUGGCUAUCCAAUUACAGAAAACGGUAAACUUGGUGGACGCUUAAUUGGUAUCGUCACAUCUAGAGAUAUUGAUUUUAGGGAAGGUGACCCACAACUCAGUUUGAAGGAAGUUAUGACUCCAAUAGAAGAUAUGAUUACUGCACAAUCAGGUGUAACACUGCAAGAUGCAAAUUAUAUUCUUGAAAAAAGCAAGAAAGGAAAGUUGCCCAUAAUUAAUGGUUCUGGUGAGCUUGUAGCUUUGAUUGCUAGAACUGACUUGAAGAAGGCCCGCAGUUAUCCAAACGCUUCAAAAGAUUCUAACAAACAGCUGUUGGUGGGUGCUGCAAUUGGAACCAGAGAAGGUGACAAGGAUCGCCUCAAACUUCUUGUAAACAAUGGAGUUGACGUUAUAGUUUUGGACUCUUCUCAGGGUAAUUCAAUUUACCAAAUAGAAAUGAUCAAAUUUAUUAAAAAGACAUACCCCAACAUACAAGUUAUUGGAGGUAAUGUUGUUACAAGAAUGCAAGCUAAAAACCUAAUUGAAGCAGGAGUUGAUGCCCUCAGAGUGGGAAUGGGAAGUGGUUCUAUCUGUAUAACACAAGAAGUCAUGGCUUGUGGAUGUCCCCAAGCUACAGCUGUGUAUCAGGUCAGUUCGUAUGCCCGACAAUUUAAUGUUCCAGUUAUAGCAGAUGGUGGUAUCCAAUCUGUGGGGCACAUUGUUAAGUCUCUAGCAUUGGGUGCCUCUACGGUGAUGAUGGGAUCACUUCUAGCUGGCACUUCAGAAGCCCCAGGAGAAUAUUUCUUCUCUGAUGGUGUGCGACUUAAGAAGUAUAGAGGUAUGGGUAGCUUAGAAGCAAUGGAAAAUAAGGAAGGAAAAGGUUCAGCCAUGAGUCGUUAUUUUCAUAAGGAAUCUGACAAACACCGGGUGGCUCAGGGUGUCAGUGGAAGUAUAGUUGACAAAGGAUCUGUCCUACGCUUUCUUCCGUAUUUACAGACAGGAAUGCAACACAGUUGUCAAGAUAUUGGCGCUCGAUCAGUUAGUGCAUUACGUGAAAUGAGCUAUUCUGGAGAUUUAAGAUUUAUGAAGAGAACAUAUUCGGCACAAUUAGAAGGAAAUGUUCAUGGUUUAUUUUCAUAUGAAAAAAGAUUGUUUUAAAAGCAGCUGUUUUUUAGCUUUUAAAAUAUUGUAAAUAAUUAUUUUGUAUUUUUCUUAUACAAAUUGUGUGUUUUAAAAAUAUAAAAUGUUUUGAAAACAAUAUAAAGCUAUAAAUUUUAUAUACUUGUAUUGUAAGCUUUAAUGGUACAGAUGAUGUUAAUAUUAUUACUUAAUAUUCCAUUUAUGAGUUUAUUAUUUCUAGCUACUGUUAAUAUGUACAGGACCAGAUGUGAAAAUAUCUUUCAUAAAUAAAGUUUAUUGUCUCUUAA